CUAUCUAUCUAUCUAUCUAUCUAUCUAUACCACAUCUGUAUCCAUUUAUCCAUUGAUGGACACUUGAGCUCUUUCCAUACUUUGACUACUGUUGAUAGUGCUGCUGUAAACAUUGGGGUGCAUGUGUCCCUUCGAAACAGCAUACCUGUAUCCCUUGGAUAAAUACCUAGUAGUGCAAUUGCUAGAUCAUAGGGUAGUUCUGCUUUUAAUUUUUUGAGGAACCUCCAUGCUGUUUUCCAGAGUGGCUGCACCAGUUUGCAUUCCCACCAACAAUGCAAAAGAGAUCCUCUUUCUCCGCAUCCUCACCAACAUCUGUUGUUUCCCAAGUUGUUAAUUUUAGCCAUUCUGACAGGUGUGAGGUGGUAUCUCAUUGUGGUUUUGAUUUGUAUUUCCCUGAUGAUGAGUGAUAUGAAGCAUUUUUUCAUGUGUCGGUUGGCCAUCUGGAUGUCUUGUUUGGAGAAGUGUCUAUUCAUGUCUUUUGCCCAUUUCUUCACUGGAUUCUUUUUUUUUGGGGUGUUGAGUUUGAUAAGUUCUUUAUAGAUUUUGGAUACUAACCCUUUAUGUGAUAUGUCUUUUGCAAAUAUCUUCUCCCAUUCUGUUGGUUGCCUUUUAGCUUUGCUGAUUGUUUCCUUCGCUGUGCAGAAGGUUUUUAUUUUGAUGAGGUUCCAGUAGUUCAUUUUUGCUUUUGUUUCCCUUGCCUCCGGAGAUGUGUUGAGUAAGAAGUUGCCGCCGCCAAGAUCAAAGAGGUUUUUGCCUGCUUUCUCCUCGAGGAUUUUGAUGGCUUCCUGUCUUACAUUUAGGUCUCUCAUCCAUUUUGAGUUUAUUUUUGUGUAUGGUGUAAGAAAGUGGUUUGGGUUCAUUUUUCUGCAUGUUGCUGUCCAGUUUUCCCAGUACCACUUGCUGAAAAGGCUGUCUUUAUUCCAUUGGAUAUUCUUUCCUGCUUUGUCAAAGAUUAGUUGGCUCUAUGUUUGUGGGUCCAUUUCUGGGUUCUCUGUUCUCCAUUGAUCUGAGCAUCUGUUUUUGUGCCAUAUAUCAUUUAAUUCUUGUGUCUGUAAUAGAUUAUGUGAACUUCAUGGCCAAUAGUAGUAUAUGUCCAACAACUGGUUGCUAUUAUUUUUUCUCUGUGUUAGUUCCAACCGUGUAGUUUAAUCAGAAAUUGAAGCUGUUAAGAUGAGAGAUAGGAGUGGGCUGUGUGAUCAGACCUAAAGGACUUGCUGGGAAGUUGACAGUGGUUUGAAGGUUAAGUAUAUAUCAAAGAGUGGUUCAGGGAUAACCUGCAUCCUGAUCACUUAGGAAGCUUGUUAAAAUGUACAGUUUUGCCGGGGGGUGCCUGGGUGGCUCAGUUGGUUGAAUGUCUGACUUAGACUCAGGUCAUGAUCUCAUGUGGGUUUGAGCCCUGUGUUCGGCUUUGCACUGACAGCACAGAGCCUGCUUCAGAUUCUCUGUCUCCCUCUCUCCCUACCCCUCCCCUGCUGUUCUCUCUCUCAAAAAUAAAUAAACGUUAAAAAAAAUGUACAGUUUUGGGUUCAUCCUCAGGAACUCAGACCUUUUAUGAUUCAAAAUCUCUGGUCAUGGGCCCCAGAGUCUACAAUUUUAUGACCUUAAUAUAUAAUUCUGAUCCACAAUGAAGUUGAGAAUCAUCUUUUUAAGUUUAUUCUUCCUGAUGAUUAAAAAGAAAUGAUUCUAGUGAUUUUUAAAUGGUUAUUUUUUCUUUGACACAGUAAGUUUUCUAUUUUAUUGGUGAUGGAGGGGUAAAUAUUUUCCGUUUAAAUUUUUAUAGAUGAUAUAUAAUAAAUACGAUUUUUAUAUGUUAGGGUAGGAGGAGUAGUGAUUAUUCAUUCAACUCAAAUUUAGUAAAUAUAAUGUAUAUUUUAUUUUUUUAUAAAUAUAUUUUUCUUUAUUAUUCAAAUGUAGCCUUUUGGAAUAGGAUAGGAAAGGAAGGCAGACUGAGAACACAUACUUUAUGAAGAUAGGUGGACAGAUAAAGAGUGGUUUUCUGGUUCUAACUAGAAGGAAAAAAUAACUACAAAUAAUUUACAUAACUAAUAUGGAUAAUUAAAACCUGAUGGAAAUUUUCAAGGAGUUUUGGGUAUGGGUAAUUUUGUUAGUCAUAUUAGUUAAUGAAAGUCAUAUCAGGAAUGCUCAGCCUCUGUGUUUUUUAACAGCUGCUCUGCCUCCUAAGAACAUGCUUCUUUUGGGUUUUGUCAGUGUUGGCUUCCUGGGAAUCUUCCUCCAUUCUUUGGGAAAUUAAGUUGUACUCCGGCAGUGCUUCACAUGAACCUCAGCUUUCUUAGAUUCUUCAGUGAUAAUUUUAGUGACCCAGAUUCAAGCAAUAAUAUCUUCCUUUUGGAAAUACUGUGUGGUUUUGUAUGCUUGUGUUCUAGUGGAAGGAAGAGUCCCACCUUAACUCUGACCACAUCUCCUGUCUCCAUCCCCACCAUGAGUAAUUCUUUGUUGUGGAUACAUUUCUUAGAUGUCUGGUCUAGACAUGGGAAGAUACUUGGCUGUGGAAAACCUUGCAGUAGAAUCUGGAAUCAGCAUGUAGAGUCCAUGAAGCACAAGACAGUAAAGCUUCUUACUCAUACCACCAGGAGGAUCUCCUUGAAAGAUUCACUACAGGACUACCAGAGACACAAAUUCUCUGAAGCAUGAUGUGUUGAAACAACAAAAGGCUACUGCUUACGCACUAGCUACAAACAGACUUAAGAUGUUUCCAAUUCCUUGAGCUCCGGGAAGCCAGGGGAGUGAGUUGAAAAUCUGAAAAUGCGGCCAUGGACUGGUUCCUGGCGUUGGAUUAUGCUCAUUCUUUUUGCCUGGGGGACCUUGCUGUUUUAUAUAGGUGGUCACUUGGUACGAGAUAAUGACCACCCUGAUCACUCUAGCCGAGAACUGUCCAAGAUUCUGGCAAAGCUUGAACGCUUAAAACAGCAAAAUGAAGAUUUGAGGCGAAUGGCUGAAUCUCUCCGGAUACCAGAAGGCCCCAUUGAUCAGGGACCAGCCUCAGGAAGGGUUCGUGCUUUAGAAGAGCAGCUUUUGAAGGCCAAAGAACAGAUUGAAAAUUAUAAGAAACAAACUAGAAAUGGUCUGGGGAAAGAUCAUGAAAUCCUAAGGAGGAGGAUUGAAAAUGGAGCUAAAGAGCUCUGGUUUUUUCUACAAAGUGAAUUGAAGAAAUUAAAGAAUUUAGAAGGAAAUGAACUCCAAAGUCAUGCAGAUGAAUUUCUGUCAGAUUUGGGACAUCGUGAAAGGUCUAUAAUGACGGAUCUAUACUACCUCAGUCAAACAGAUGGAGCAGGUGAUUGGCGGGAAAAAGAAGCCAAAGAUCUGACAGAGCUGGUCCAACGGAGAAUAACAUAUCUUCAGAAUCCCAAGGACUGCAGCAAAGCCAAGAAGCUAGUAUGUAAUAUAAACAAAGGCUGUGGCUAUGGCUGUCAACUCCAUCAUGUGGUCUACUGCUUCAUGAUUGCAUAUGGCACUCAGCGAACACUCAUCUUGGAAUCUCAGAAUUGGCGCUAUGCUACUGGUGGAUGGGAAACUGUGUUUAGACCUGUGAGUGAGACCUGCACAGACAGAUCUGGCACCUCCACUGGACACUGGUCAGGUGAAGUAAAGGACAAAAAUGUGCAGGUGGUUGAGCUCCCCAUUGUAGACAGUCUUCAUCCUCGUCCACCAUAUUUGCCCCUGGCUGUACCAGAAGACCUUGCAGAUCGGCUUGUACGAGUCCAUGGUGAUCCUGCAGUGUGGUGGGUGUCCCAGUUUGUCAAAUACUUGAUCCGCCCACAACCUUGGCUGGAAAAGGAAAUAGAAGAGACUACUAAGAAGCUUGGCUUCAAACAUCCAGUUAUUGGAGUACACGUCAGACGUACAGACAAAGUAGGAACAGAAGCAGCCUUCCAUCCCAUUGAGGAAUACAUGGUACACGUUGAAGAACAUUUUCAGCUUCUCUCUCGCAGAAUGCAAGUGGAUAAACGAAGAGUAUAUUUGGCGACGGAUGACCCUUCUUUAUUAAAGGAGGCAAAAACAAAGUACCCCACUUACGAAUUUAUUAGUGAUAACUCUAUCUCUUGGUCAGCCGGACUACACAAUCGAUACACAGAAAAUUCGCUUCGGGGUGUGAUCCUGGAUAUACACUUUCUCUCCCAGGCAGACUUCCUAGUGUGUACUUUUUCAUCCCAGGUCUGUCGAGUCGCUUAUGAAAUCAUGCAAACACUUCAUCCUGAUGCUUCUGCAAACUUCCAUUCUUUGGAUGACAUCUACUAUUUUGGGGGCCAAAAUGCCCACAACCAGAUUGCCAUUUAUCCUCACCAACCUCGAACUGUAGAUGAAAUCCCCAUGGAACCUGGAGAUAUCAUUGGUGUGGCUGGAAAUCAUUGGGAUGGCUAUUCUAAAGGUGUCAACAGGAAACUGGGAAGGACGGGCCUAUAUCCCUCCUACAAAGUCCGAGAGAAGAUAGAAACGGUCAAGUACCCCACAUAUCCUGAGGCUGAGAAGUAAAGCUUAGAUGGAAGAGAAGGACAACUAAACUCAGUUAAAACCAUUUGAGCCAAACAGUAGAUGAAGAAGGCCCUGACCUUACAACACAUGGUGAAAUGAGUAGACACCUUCAAGCACCAGGAGCAAUUGGGAACUGACAGAUGCUUCAUUGGUGGAAUUACUCUUUAACAAGGGCCACAAUGCCCUUAAACUCAUGCACAGUCCAAUAAUGUACUCACAUAUAACAUAUAAACAGAUUGUUUUCUAUUUUGCCCCUUCUUUCAAGAUUAUGUCCCCAUGAGACAAACACUGCCACAUUGUGUAAUUUAAGUGACACAGACAUUUUGUGUGAGACUUCAAACAUGGUGCCUAUAUCUGAAAGACCUUUGUGACCUAAUGAGAAGACCCCGAAUAGCUCCCUACGUCAGGAGGUUGAUCCCUUGCCAGUGGUGCUAUUGUAACCACUGAAUUCACUCCAAUCAGCAGAUUCAGAAUGAGAAUGGAUGUUUUUGUCUGGAUUUUUUUUUUUAAGUAAUUGCAUCAGUUCACCCACCUCAUCAUUAAUAAGUGAAGGAUACAUCAGAAAAUAAAAUAUUCACACUCCAUUAGGAACUUUUGUAAAACAAUGCCAUGAACAGAUCUUUAGUACUCAAUGUUUCUGGACAUUCUCUUUGAUAACAAAAAAUAAAUUUUAAAAAGAGGAA